UUUUCGCUCCGCCCGGAAACGGUCUUCAAUCGACGGCAGCAACAAACCACGAAUUAAUUUUACUAAUUUUAAGCCAAUCGCACCGAAAAUGCCCGGAAAACGCGAUAAAAUCCGUUAAGAGAGUGAAAAACCCGAAACGCGCGUGGGAAAAGUGGAAAAGCUCCGACGAAUGCCAGCGAUCUGUCAACAAAAAGCAAGGGAAAAAGAAGAAAAGCAAUAAGUGCCGUGUGUGGGAAACGCGAAAAAGGCGAGAACAAAGAGGCGAAAAGCGAGGAAAUCGCGUGGAAAACCCGAGAAAAGUGGAAAACGCGAAGGAGCCAAGCUCCAAGUUGGCCGCCAUCGAUUCGUGCGUAGGAUCAAUUAAAAUUCCGUGAGGCCGAGAAUCAAAUCAAAUUAAAAAUCAACUAAUAUUUUGAUAUUCAAAUAUUCAAAUGAAAUUCAUUCAUCGCCUGGGACUUUUAUUCGGAUCUGGCAACUAUUUUCGAAUUUGAAUUGUGUCUGCGGCUAGCGCAGAAUCUGUGAUAAAGCAGAAAAAUGUACAAAGAAUACGAAAGAUCAGAAAUCGGUAAAAAAGAUACAAUAUACAAAUACAAAUAAAAUGUGAGGAGAAAUAUUUACAUGCAAAAUGAAUGUUGGGCGGCGAGAGAAGUUUUUGUUAUAAUGCAAAUGUGAAGUGGAAGAAUUCCCGGCGCGAGUGAUAAAUAAUCCGACGACAAACAAAAGCAGAAGCCUACACAGCGAGAAAGAGCAGUGCAAACACAUUUAUCUUUAUUGAGAGCAACAAUAUCAAGAUCGAGAUAAUAAAGCAUCGUAAACCUUCGCAUGCCCGAGACCAAGUAGUUCAUUAUAAGGUCUCGCCACAAAUAAUCAAAUGCUAAAAAGUGCCUUCCCAGCCGGGGAAAAAUUCAGCAACGCGACGGAUCCAACAAAGCAACAGCAAAACCAAACAAAUCACAAAUCGAGUGGUAUAAUCUAUCUAUUUACGUGUAUUUUAUACAAAACAUCCAAUUAAAUAAUAAAAACAAGGGGGGCCAAGCCGCUGAAAUAUUUAUUUCAUUUAAAUCUCUGGCCGCCGAUGUGCCCCAGUGUGUGUGUGCUGCUGUGCGUGUGCGUGUGAGUCGAGCAUUUUUUGUGAUAUGAGUGCUAAAUAUCACAGGGCGAAGAAGCAGCAUUAUGCAUCCAGCGGGCGAAAAAAGGGGCGGUCGCCCCAAUGCCAAUAAAUACACAGCGGAAGCCCUCGAGAGCAUCAAGCAGGACCUAACCCGAUUCGAAGUACAAAAUAACCAUAGGAAUAAUCAGAAUUACACACCACUGCGAUAUACGGCGACCAACGGACGCAACGAUGCACUUACUCCGGACUAUCACCACGCCAAGCCGCCGAUGGAGCCGCCGCCCUCCGCGUCGCCCUCGCCGGACGUGGUCAUCCCGCCGCCCCCCGCCAUCGUAGGUCAGCCCGGUUCCAUAUCCGGUUCCAUAUCCGUAUCCGGAGUGGGCGUUGGUGUGGGCGUGGGAGUGGGCGUGGCGAACGGACGAGUGCCAAAGAUGAUGACGACUCUGCUGCCAAACAAACUGAUACGGAAACCGAGCAUCGAGAGGGACACGGCGAGCAGUCAUUACCUGCGCUGCAGCCCGGCCUUGGAUUCCGGAGCCGGAAGUUCCCGGUCGGACAGCCCCCACUCGCACCACACCCACCAGCCGAGCUCGCGGACGGUUGGGAAUCCCGGCGGAAAUGGGGGCUUUUCCCCCUCGCCAAGUGGAUUCAGCGAGGUGGCACCACCGGCGCCGCCACCACGCAAUCGCAACUCACCUGUAAUAACCCAAAACGGGCUGAAAAACCCACAGCAGCAGUUGACGCAGCAGAUGAAGUCCCUGAAUCUGUAUCCUGGCGGCGGAAGUGGUUCUGUGGUGGUGGAGCCGCCACCGCCCUACCUAAUUCAAGGUGGAGCCGGCGGAGGAGGAGGAGCACCGCCGCCACCACCGCCCAGUUACACGGCCUCCAUGCAGUCGCGGCAAUCGCCCACGCAGUCCCAGCAGUCUGAUUACAGGAAGUCCCCCAGCAGUGGGAUAUACUCGGCCACCUCGGCAGGAUCGCCGAGUCCCAUCACCGUGUCCUUGCCACCGGCGCCGCUGGCGAAGCCGCAGCCACGCGUCUACCAGGCCAGGAGCCAGCAGCCGAUCAUCAUGCAGAGUGUGAAGAGCACGCAGGUCCAGAAGCCCGUGCUCCAGACAGCAGUGGCCCCCCAAUCCCCCUCGAGUGCCUCGGCCAGCAACUCGCCUGUCCACGUGCUGUCCGCACCACCGUCGUACCCCCAGAAGUCCGCAGCCGUGGUGCAGCAGCAGCAACAGGCAGCGGCGGCGGCGCAGCAGCAGCAACAUCAACACCAGCAAUCCAAACCACCAACGCCCACGACGCCGCCUCUGGUGGGUCUGAGCAGCAAGCCCAACUGCCUGGAGCCGCCGUCCUAUGCCAAGAGCAUGCAGGCCAAGGCGGCCACGGUGGUGCAGCAGCAACACCAGGUGCAGCAGCAACAGGUGCAACAGCAACAGCAGCAACACCACCAGCAGCAGCAGCAGCAGCAACUUCAGGCCCUGCGGGUGCUCCAGGCACAGGCUCAGCGGGAAAGGGAGCAAAGGGAGCGGGAACGGGAUCAGCAGAAGCUAACCAAUGGCAAUCCCAGCCGGCAGUUGCCCCCACCACCGCCGUAUCAAAGCAACAACAACAGCAGCGAAAUCAAACCACCCAGCUGCAAUAACAAUAACGUACAAAUAAGCAACAGCAAUUUGGCGACGACACCGCCCAUACCGCCUGCUAAAUACAACAACAACUCCUCCAACACGGGAGCAAACAGUUCCGGGGGCAGUAAUGGGUCCACCAGCACCACUGCCUCCUCGUCGACGUCCUGCAAGAAGAUCAAGCACGCCUCGCCCAUCCCGGAGCGCAAGAAGAUCUCCAAGGAGAAGGAGGAGGAGCGCAAGGAGUUCCGCAUCCGGCAGUAUUCCCCGCAAGCCUUCAAGUUCUUCAUGGAGCAGCACAUCGAGAACGUGAUCAAGUCCUAUCGCCAGCGAACCUAUCGCAAGAAUCAGCUGGAAAAGGAGAUGCUCAAGGUGGGGCUGCCCGACCAGACGCAGAUUGAAAUGAGGAAGAUGCUGAACCAGAAGGAGAGCAACUACAUUCGCUUGAAGCGCGCCAAGAUGGACAAGAGCAUGUUCAUAAAGCUGAAGCCCAUUGGCGUGGGUGCCUUUGGGGAGGUGACGCUGGUGCGAAAGAUCGACACCUCCAAUCACUUGUACGCGAUGAAAACCCUGCGGAAAGCCGAUGUCCUGAAGAGGAAUCAAGUGGCCCAUGUGAAGGCCGAGAGGGAUAUCCUGGCGGAGGCCGAUAACAAUUGGGUCGUGAAGCUAUACUACAGCUUUCAGGACAAGGAUAAUCUGUACUUUGUGAUGGACUACAUACCGGGUGGUGAUCUGAUGUCGCUGCUCAUCAAGUUGGGCAUUUUCCAGGAGGAGCUGGCCAGAUUCUACAUCGCCGAGGUCACCUGCGCCGUGGACAGUGUCCACAAAAUGGGCUUCAUUCAUAGAGACAUCAAGCCUGACAACAUACUCAUCGACAGAGACGGACACAUAAAGCUCACCGACUUUGGCCUGUGCACGGGAUUCCGAUGGACGCACAACUCCAAGUACUACCAGGAGAAUGGCAACCACUCGCGCCAGGACUCGAUGGAACCAUGGGAGGAGUACUCGGAGAACGGACCCAAGCCCACCGUGCUGGAGCGGCGGCGGAUGCGCGAUCACCAAAGAGUCCUGGCCCACUCGCUGGUGGGCACCCCAAACUACAUAGCUCCCGAGGUUCUCGAGAGGAGUGGAUACACGCAGCUCUGCGACUACUGGAGCGUGGGCGUCAUUCUCUACGAGAUGUUGGUGGGUCAGCCGCCCUUCCUGGCCAACAGUCCGCUGGAGACGCAACAAAAGGUGAUUAACUGGGAGAAAACGCUGCAUAUACCGCCGCAGGCCGAGUUGUCGCGGGAUGCCACGGAUCUGAUACGGAGACUUUGCGCGUCGGCCGACAAGCGGCUGGGGAAGAGCGUGGACGAGGUCAAGGGCCACGACUUCUUCAAGGGCAUCGACUUUGCGGACAUGCGGAAGCAGAAGGCGCCCUACAUACCGGAGAUCAAGCACCCCACGGACACGUCCAACUUCGAUCCCGUGGACCCAGAGAAGCUGCGCUCCAACGACUCCAACAUGAGCAGCGGCGAUGACAUCGAUCUGAAUGACAGGCCCUUCCACGGAUUUUUCGAAUUUACCUUCAGGCGAUUCUUCGACGACAAACAGCCGCCGGAUAUGACGGACGAUCAGGCGCCGGUUUACGUCUGAACUAUUGACCUAUUUCCCACCCCCAAUACCCCAGUCCCACCCCGAAAAUCAUUGUUAGUCAAAUAGUCACAAAAAGGGGAGAGAAACUAUCGAGUGGGUUUGGUUUUUGUAAAGAACGCGUGACUAUAGAAUGAGAACUAUAUAUAUUAUAUAAAUUAUAGGAGAAAGUAGCGAGGGAACUACACAUAUACAUAAAAAUACAAAUAUCUAUAUACAUAUAUAUGCCCGAGGGCAUGAACUGAAUAAAUUUAAAACGAAACAGAAUAGAGAUGAGAAGAGAAGAGCGAGUCAGGACUUUCGACUUUCAAACUGAGCAUAGUAUAUCCUUCUACCGUACUCCAUAACGAACGCUAUAACCAUAAAUAUUUAUACUGUUGGAAAAGAAAGGGACCAACUGGAAAAUCGAACACUUCUGGUGCUCAAAGCAAAACGAAAUGCCUUAAGAACGAGACGAGAACGCGAAUUUACCCAACCACUCCUCUCCCUUCCCGCCUCCAAUCCGAUGGCCGGAAUUCAACUCAGCAGGCUGGUGAAAUCCCGGCCAUUCCACAAAGUCCCAUCCAGAAUCGGGAUUGAGAGGCGCGCGAUGGAGAAACGGAGACCAAAAGUCGCACGGCAGCGAUAUAAGCGGGUCUUAUAAGCCUAAUCUAAAUCUAAUCCGGAAGAACAGGACCGAAAAUCUGUGUCUUUCUGCCCAGUCCAUCUAUCACUGCUCUUCAAAUGUGACCUCCCCCCACCCAAAAAAAAGAACAAAACUUAGACAUAACCUAUGUGAAAAUAUCUAGCAAUGUUAGACCAACUUGUUGAAUGCCAAAUCAAAUUGUUUAGCCCCACAUGGGAAAUGUGUGGGGGAAGUUCAACACAUAUUCUCUGAUAGCAAACGGAAAACACAAACCAAUACGAGGAAAUUGUAAUCUUUCUACUGUAAUAUUGUAAAGAAGAACGUUAAUUGUAAUCUAUUCUAAAGUUGUGUAGCGCCCUAAGAUGUUUUUUAGUUUAUAGACCGCUAACCGUAAUCUAGUUUAAUUCCUAACACUUAAGCGAGAGUACAUCAAUUUUUUGUUUGUCGUAGGUUCGUUGGAAAAUGCUUAACGGGAAACGAUUUGUUUUUCUAUUGAAUUAGCUGCAGUUUGUAUGUGCGUGUGUUUUUAUUAUGAAUAUAUAUAUCCAACUAAAUAUAUAGGAAUGGAACCUAUUUUAAAUGUGAGAUGAAAUCGAGCUAAUUGAAAGAAAAUACAAACGAACUCUGUGUGCCUUGGCCAAUUAGUUUACUAAAGCAAAUUAAUAAAUGGAAAAGAAAAUUUUACAAAAA